AUGGCCGAGGUUGCUCAAGACAAGGAGAAGGAACCGGAUGGACAGCUUGUAGCCGUGGAGCAGCUUGUAGCUGAGGAAGCUUUGGUCAUACCAACCGAUCGCGAACUAAGCUAUUCAACCAAGAGAUUGGAAGAAUACUUAGCUACUUGGGUCAGAGCGAUACUGAGGUUAUUCAAACUACCCUGAGAUCUGGCCGGUGCUUUAGAGAUCUUUCCGCAAUCUCUCAAGCCAACCAUUCAAUCAUCAACUCAUUCCAUCAUCACGGCUCACGCCAAAUCUAUCCAACCUCAGUCUCAGUGUGCCGAUCUAGGGAAGAGUUCAUCAAGUGGAACCAUGUCGGAUGAUUCCAGUUCUGGGGUCAGUGCCAACAACAAGGUGCUCCUGGAAGCCAUGUCGAAGAUUUUAACUGAGAGGCUUGCUGCUGAGCUCAAACCAAUCCGCGAUCAACUCAAGGGAAAAGACAAGGUGCCUGAAGCCCAAGUUGUCAUCUCUGAGGGAGAGAAAUCAAAGCAGGCCAGUGAAAUAGGGAAACCUCCUGACGAUCCCCUUGCCAAGGCUUAUUACAGAAGCCAUGGUCAGUCGUCCCAUCGAAGCAACCGGCGUUCUAGGCGGACAGAACGAGAUCUCUUAACCGAGAACUUGGGAGGGUUCAAAGCAAAGAUUCCGCCAUUUCAUGGCAAGAACGAUCCAGAUGCAUACUUGGAUUGGGAGAAGAAGAUGGAACUGAUCUUUCAAUGCCAGAACUAUAUCGAUGCCAACAAGGUCAAGAUAGCUGUCACGGAUUUCUAUGACUAUGCCCUCAGCUGGUGGGAUCAGACCGUCACUAGCCGCCACCGCUCAGGAGGAUAUCCCAUUGAGACUUGGGGAGAACUUAAACGCCUCAUGCGGCAACGUUUUGUGCCGAGUCACUAUCACCGGGAACUCCACUCCAGGCUCCGCAAGCUCACUCAAGGAACCAGAUCCGUUGAAGACUAUUACCAAGAGCUGGACACCCUUUUGCUAAGAGCCAAUAUCACAGAGGAUCGCGAGGCCACUAUGUCCAGAUUCUUAGGCGGCCUGAACCGUGAAAUCCAGGAUCGAGUUGAGAUGCAACAAUAUGAAUUCCUGGAGGAGAUGCUACACAAGGCCGUCCUUGUGGAACAACAACUUAAGAGGAAGGGUCCUUCUCGAUCUAGCUAUGGAGCCGACACUCAUAGGUCGGGUUUCAAUCAAGAGAGCAAGUUUCCUUUACCAUCAAAGCCAGAGCUCAAACCUCUUCCCACCUCUCCAGAGAAAGAUAAAAGCAAGGGCGAAACUGUUUCCACAGGAAGAUCCCGAGAUCUCAAGUGUUUCAAAUGCCAAGGUCGAGGUCACUAUGCUACUGAAUGUACCAACCGCAGACUUAUGAUCAUCAGAGACAAUGGCGAGAUUGAAUCUGAGGAAGAGCCUACGCCAAAGACUGUUCAGGACACAGAGGAGUAUGAGGCAUUACCAGUUCGUGGUAAGCUCCUUAUGACAAGAAGACUUCUAAGUGCUCAAGUCCGAACAGAGGAAGAGGAGAAAAGAGAGAAUCUCCUUCAUUCGCCAUACCUUGUUCAAGAUUAA